AUGUCCGUCGCCAACGCUGCGUACCUCCCGCUCAUCGGCAGCUGCUUGACAGCAGGAGAGCAGACGGCGCUGCAGUGCUCGCUCCCGCUCCUCUCGCAGCGCUACCGCGGUACAGCGAUGCAGCUGUGGGGUAAGGUCACCGGGAUCAAGGCAAAUUACUGGAUCGCGCAGGCAUUCCCGAACGGCGAGUUCGCGCCGGCUGUCAGCUUCUACAGCAUCGAUGGUGGAAGCACGUGGACGAUGCUCUCGGAGCUGACGGAGGAGCAAGUGGCCCUGUGCGAGUCCCUCCGCGGUCCCUACCAAGGGGUGCCCAGCUACGAAUAUAUGAUGCGUCAAGAUCUUCCGGCCGAGACGGACGAGGCUGCCGUGACAAUGCCGUCGCCGGACGAGAUUCUGAAGAAGGCCGAGGACGACAUCGCUGCCGCCCGCGCUGCCAGCGACGCCGACGAAUCCGAAAGCGAGGAUGAGGAGCAGGAUGACGAGGAAGAGGAAGAUGAGGAGGACGCCGGUGCCGUGCCGGCGCCGCGCAACCGUACGGCGAAGUUCCGCAUCCUUAGCGUCACGGAGGCGAUGCGUUUAGCCCACUUUGUGCAGCUGCACGACGCGGACUGUCGCCUGACGGUGCGCGGCAUGUACGUCCUGCAAGACGGCGCGGCUGUCGGCGUGCGCAAUAGUACCUUUGGCGGCCAGCCUCUCCACAACGCCAAGAAGCCGUCGUGCUACGUAAAGAUGGCGCGUGCGGGGAAGGAGGAGCGGAACCGCAUCCUGUAUGGCCCCACGCACAACCCACACACGGACUACUUGAUGCCCAUCACGGACGAUGCCCCUUCGGGUGUGUGGUCGGUCAAGUACAACGCGACGGCGAACGUCGUGAGCGUGCGCAACCUCUUCUACGAAGGCUCACUCUUCUGGUACCGUCCGGGCACGCUGGAGUGCGGCCAGAUCUACUGCGGCUCCGGCGAGCGGAACUUCGACCUGUGCUUCAUGCUGUAG